AUGACCCUGUUGGCGGGUGAUGGCUCUGACUAUGACUACAGUGCCCUGAGCUGUGCCUCUGACACCUCCCUCAACGCGCCUCCCCUGCAAGAGGAGGAGGCCCAGAAGGGAGCCUUCUACAGGAGGGCGCAGCGAGCCCCCGAGCUCAGCACCAUCCACGACGGCACGCUGCUGUCCAGCGCCCGUAAACUCCACGCCAUCAUCAACGUGGGCGGCCUGCGGUACCAGCUGCCGUGGACCACCUUAGAGGACUUCCCCCUGUCUCGCCUGGGCCAGCUGCACCUCUGCAGCAGCUUCGACGAGAUCAUGCGCAUCUGCGACGACUACGACGUGACACACAACGAGUUCUUCUUCGACCGCAGCCCCUGCGCCUUCCGCACCAUCCUGACCUUCCUGCGGGCGGGCAAGCUGCGCUCCCUCAGGGAGAUGUGCGCCCUCUCCUUCAGGGAGGAGCUGCUCUACUGGGGGGUCCCCGAGGAGAGCCUGGAGUGGUGCUGCCGCCGGCGUCUGCUGCAGCGUGUGGAGGAGUUCGAGGCGAUGGAGAGGGCGGAGGAGGAGGAGGAGCUCCUGGAGGAUCUGCUGGAUUCUGACAGUGGCCAAAGAGAGCACGUGGCGGAGUCCAGACUCAAUCGGUGCAUGGGCAAACUAAGAGACAUGGUGGAGAGGCCUCACUCUGGCCUCCCAGGGAAGAUCUUCGCUUGUUUGUCGGUGUUGUUUGUCACCAUCACUGCCGUCAAUCUAUCCAUCAGCACGCUGCCUGCCAUGAGGGAGGAGGAGGAGGCGGGCACGUGUUCCCAGAUGUGCUACAACAUCUUCAUAGUGGAGACGGUGUGCGUGGCCUGGUUCUCCCUGGAGUUCACCCUGCGCUUCAUUCAAGACCGCAGCAAGCUGACCUUCCUCAGGCAGCCCCUGAACCUGAUCGACGUGGUGGCCAUCCUGCCGUACUACAUCACCCUGGUGGUGGACAGCACCUCCAAAGGGGAGAAGCGGCUGGGCUCCGGCAGCAGCUACUUGGACAAAGUGGGCUUGGUGCUGCGCGUCCUCAGAGCCCUGCGUAUCCUCUACGUGAUGAGGCUGGCUCGCCACUCGCUGGGCCUGCAGACGCUGGGCCUGACGGCGCGCCGCUGCACGCGGGAGUUUGGCCUGCUCCUCCUCUUCUUGUGCGUGGCCAUCGCACUGUACUCCCCCUUGCUGUACUUGAUUGAGAACGAAAUGGCCACCACACAGGAGUUCACCAGCAUCCCGGCUACCUACUGGUGGGCUGUGAUCACCAUGACGACGGUGGGCUACGGGGACAUGGUGCCGAGGAGCAUCCCUGGCCAGGUGGUGGCCCUGAGCAGCAUCCUGAGCGGCAUCCUACUCAUGGCCUUCCCCGUCACCUCCAUCUUCCACACCUUCUCGCGGUCCUACGUGGAGCUGAAGCAGGAGCAGCAGAGGCUCCUGCAGAGGAGGACGCACUUCCUGCUGCGGAGCCGCAUGGCCGGCCUGGGCAGCAACCUCUCCUUGGAGAGCGACAUGCUCUUCCCUAUCGGGGCCGACGCCAGAGACAUGGACGACUGA